UGUAGAGUUCUGCAGUUUUCAGCCCCGUCCCUGUUUGUGGCGUGACCAGAAAUCAACCAAAUUGCUUCCACAAAACAUACUUUCAAAUCGGACGAGCUUGAAACCAGAGCAGAAUAUUCGAAGAAUCCAGCAUCUUAGGGCUAUGUCAUCGAGAAAUUCGAUUGUGGCUGUUGUGAAUUGUCAACAGCACGUCCCUCGCGUGCGAUCUAUUGGAGGGUUUAGGUCCUGUCAGUGACGGAUUUGGACCCAAUUUGGGAAUCAGUGAUAGGCAACGAGCGGUGUUCUGCAGAGAAAUAUGAUCAAUUGAUUAUAUUUCAGUUUUGCCAGCGACUGUGGAGAAGAUGGUGGAGACAUUAGACUCACCGGGAGGAAUGUUUGGUCCGAGGAGGUGUUCGCUUAUUUGAUGGAAAAUUCGAAGGGGUUAGCUGAAGAAGGUGUUGAGUUGAUUCUUAUGUGAGGGCGGUGAAGGGAUCCUUCUGUGGUCGUUCAUCGGGGAAGAUUGGAAAGGAGAUGCGUUGCCGUGUAGGGAUGUCCCAAAAUGCCUGCUUCUAAUUGAAUCCUUACAGAUAGUUUUGUAGCUCAAUCAUGUCAGGUUGGAUGAUUUGAGUCUCAUUUGUCAGAGCCCACGGAUCUCGAAAUUGAGCGUUUCGGAGGGACUCACGAUGAGUAGUAGACACGGCGUCAAGAGAGAUCGGGACGACUCACCUCCGUCUAGCCGUUCCUCGAGAGCUCGAACUUCGAUGAGUGAGGAGCCAGAAGAUACCAAAGUCACAGUUCGGCAGGUGGCGGAACAUUAUAGCAAUCGCAGUAAUCAAACACGAGAGGAGCGUGAGGCGAGUCCCAUCAUACAUUUGAAGAAGCUCAAUAAUUGGAUCAAGAGCGUUUUGAUACAUCUGUAUGCCAAUCGAGGGGAUGCAGUUCUCGAUUUAGGUUGUGGUAAGGGUGGCGAUUUGAUCAAAUGGGACAAAGCUUCCAUUAGUUACUACGUUGGUGUAGACGUAGCCGAAGGAUCCAUAGAAGAUGCAAGAAACAGGUAUAAUGGAGAUACAGAUCAUGCACAAAACCGCAAGGCUUUCUCUUUUCCCGCACGGCUUGUCUGUGCAGAUUGUUUUGAAGUCCCUCUUGACGAGGCCCUCAAAGACCUUCCAUCAUUCGAUGUCUGCAGUUGCCAAUUCGCACUGCAUUACUCCUGGUCGACUGAAGAACGGGCCCGUCAAACUCUCCACAAUGUGACAACCAUGCUUUUGCCUGGAGGUAUGUUCAUUGGCACGAUGCCUGAUGCGAACGUAAUUGUUCGAAAGCUGCGGGACGCUGACGGACUUGAAUUCGGAAACAGCGUGUAUAAAAUAGAGUUUGGGGAUUUGUACAGUGAAAAGAAAUUCAUGAGUCCUCCUUUUGGGAUCCAGUACAAUUUCCAUCUCGAGGACGCUGUUGACUGUCCUGAGUGGCUCGUUCCAUUUUCUAAAUUUGUAGCUCUUGCGGAGGAGUAUGGGUUGGAGUUAGUGAUGAAGCAAAAUUUUCACGAGUUUGUGAAUCAGUAUAUUCAGAAGACUGAAUUUGGAGAGUUGAUGAGAAAACUUGGAGCUCUUGGCGACGGGACGGAAGGAAACAACAUUUCUGAUGAUGAAUGGGAGGCUGCUUACAUUUAUCUUGCGUUCGUGUUCCGUAAGAAAGGGACACCGAAAAUUCGACAAAGGGCGGUUCCGAAAGGAUCAUUCAAACGAAUAGAACCAGAAGAUGUUCUAUUCGUUCAAUAGCUGGGAAGACAGUUCUGUCCAAAGGUCCAUCCAGAGCUUUUGAUUCUGUCAAUUAACUUUUUGUUCUGAAGGUGUACCAGGCUAAUUCGUGUUCCACCCGGAUCUGAUGCCUUGCUGUUGAAAGCAUAAUCAUGGCACGUCUGAUCAAGUGCAAUGAGCUGAAGUCUUCCUUCCUUCUGCGAUGUCUGAGGUGUUUGGUCACCCGUAGCUCUUGUUGACAGCAGCCUUCGGACUCCCAUGGACCAAAUCGUCACCCUCGUACUCAACCUGACUCGUGUGGAGAGCCGAGCACGAAGGCAUGGCUAGUACUGGAAUGAGUCGACUGCUGACUUGGUCUCUGAGCAUACCUGGUCACGGACAUUUCUUGCAUGGCUGCAUGCUAAAAAUGUUCAUUCCUAAUUCCUGGUUGGAUAAGAGACCAGAUCGUCUUGCUUUCUAUACUCUCUCCAUCUCACACCAACCACCAAAAGGAAAUAAGUAAUGAACACUGAAUGUUA